UGUUAGAGUGGAGUACAGCUUGAAUAGAAGAGUUGCGACUCUUCAAACGAAUUAACUCCCCUUGCAAACAAGCACCGACUUUUUUCAAUUAACAGAAUUUUUACGAACUUUACAGUUUCUGGAUUUUCUCUUCAGUUAUCGUCCAGUCUAUACCAACAUGUAUGUAUUCAGUGUUUUCAUAGUAAGUACGUAUAUCAUAUUUUUAUUCACUAAUAAUUUCGUUGCCUUAGCUGACACACCGUCAGCAAAUUAUGACAAACUACAACAAUACAAACAUGACAUUUCUGUACCAAUUAAUGAUUUCACUUUGAAAAUAUUCAAACAACUUCUUGAUUCAAAGACAGGAAACAUACUCUGGUCACCAUUUCUUGUUAGUAUAAGUCUGUCAUUCGUUCAGAUGACUGAUAAAAUAAACUCUGCAGAGAAAAUCCAAUCUCUGCUUUAUCCAUCUGUUUCAUGGGAAUUAUUCCAUCAAAGUUUUACAGAAUAUUUGAAAACUGUUCAAGGUUUAUCAAAUUUCCAGUUAUCUAAUAAAUUAUAUAUUGAUCCAGUUCUUCUUCCGAACAUCAACAUUAAUAUUAGCAAAUACUACUUUUUGGAAAUAGAUGAAAUUAAUCCAAGAACUAUUGAUAAAUUAAGUGAUAAGUUCCAUAAAAAUAGAAUCAGCAAUUUUAUGUCAUUUGGCAACACAAAUGAAGAAAUAUUUGCUGUAUUAGUGAACAGCUUGCAUUUCCAAGGAUUUUGGAAAAAUCAAUUUAACAGAAAGUUUACCAUGAGAGAAAACUUUUAUGUGACAGAAAAACAAGCAGAAGUUGUUGAAAUGAUGUAUACAGAAGACUAUUUUACUAUAAAAUCAGAUGAACGUUUUAGUUUUAGGAGUCUAGAAAUACCCUUGGUUGGUAACCGGUUUAGUUUCUAUGUCGUUCUUCCUGAUGAUAUUGAAGGAAUUACUUCAAUAGAAAAACAGCUGACAUCACGACUCUUAUGGCAAAUUAUUGCUAACAAGGCUUCUCCAAGAAAUGUUGCUUUGAUUUUACCCAAGUUUCAAAUGAAAUCUAACUUGACUUUUCAAGAUAUUUUAUUCAAAGAAACGACUGACCAUUUCUUCAAUUUGGAAAAUAACAACUUAACAAAUACCCACGUACACUUAAUUGACAUUCUUCACCAAGGUUUUCUCAAUUUCAAUGAACUGGGAACAACAAGCAGUCCUGCUACCAUCAGAAAAUCUAGUCAUUUGUUUGAAAAAAAAGCCAAAUAUGAAACCUCUUUCACAGUUAAUCAUCCAUUUUUAUUCUUUAUUGUUGAUAAAACUUCUUUCAUGAUUCUACAUGUGGGAAAAUGCACUCACCCUGACAGCAGUACAGGACUCCAUCAACUAAAUACCCAUGAUGAACUUUGAUUAUUUUUAAAACAAAUGAAAACAAGAUUGUCUUUCGAUUGUAUAAAUCAAAAUUUUGAUCACCAUUUUAACAUUUUUCGCUUGCUGCUGGCAUGGGUUGGAUUAAUCCACAUUAUUUCUCUUCUACGCUUGCAUCCUGCAAUCUAUGAGGCACAAUAUUCUCUGAUUUGUUCUCAAGCUAUUCUCAUUCGAACAAGUCUACUUCCCAUUAUCAACUUCUGGUGCCUUCUCAUCCAAUAUAUACCAUCCAUACACAAAGCAGUGUGGCCCCUGCUUCUGUUCAUAUGAAGCUCAUCUUUUACAAACCCUCUUACUUUGUCAGCUCAUUUAAGAUCAUCCUUUCAUAAUUAAAAGCUAAAACUAAAAAACUUUUUUACAGCAAAAUAAAGAUAAAUUAAGUGAACUGAAACAA